AUGGCAUUAUCAGGUGUUCAAAAUUACUUGGCAUUCAUCUUCGGCCUUUUGGGUAACGUCAUAUCAUUCCUGGUAUUUUUGGCGCCAAUGCCAACUUUUUACACAAUUUGCAAGAAGCGAACGUCCGAAGGGUUUCAGUCCAUACCUUAUUCAGUGGCCUUCUUCAGCGCUUCUUUAUUAUUAUACUAUGCUGUGCUUAAGACGAAUGCCUAUAUGAUCGUCAUCAUCAACGCUAUUGGAUGCGUCAUAGAAGUAACUUACAUCUUGAUCUACACGAUAUAUGCCCCCAGGAAGGCUAGGAUUUUCACGGUGAAAUUGUUUCUCUUAUUCAACGUUGGAGGCUUAGGGAUGAUUAUGGUAGUUUCCUUACUAGUUUGCAGAGGUGCCAGAAGGGUCUCUGUGGUGGGAUGGGCGUGUGCUAUUGUCAACCUAGCUGUAUUUGCUUCUCCUCUGAGCAUCAUGAGACGGGUCAUAAGGACUAAAAGCGUGGAGUUCAUGCCAUUCACUCUAUCAUUGUUUCUCACCCUUUGUGCGACAGCGUGGUUCUUCUAUGGAUUUUUCGUCCGGGAUUACUACAUUGCAUUGCCCAAUGUGUUGGGGUUCCUAUUCGGAAUUGCUCAAAUGAUCUUGUACUUCGUUUACAAAAAUGCAAAGGAAGGUGCUGAGACGAACCUCGAGCUGGAGCCAAACAAGAAUAUAGAAAAGAACGUGAGUAGCUUGGAUGCAGAUGCAGACUCAGACUCAACGCAAUAAUUAAUUUAGCUGCAG